UCGCAGUGACAGAAACCCAAUCCAAAGAUACGCAGAAUAACGGGAGCGAAAUGGCUGCUGCACUGGCACCAGUCACUUCUCUCCGAUUAAGCCCUUACUCAGCCAAACGCUUUCUCUCCUUUUACCCCAAAACCCUACUAAAACCUCAGGCUCUCCCGCCAUUACUCCGUCGCCGCCCGUUUCAAUUUUACGGCAUUGUUCCGGCGACAACUCGACGGAGAUGUUUCUGCAGCAUAAUUUCUGGAGCACCGCAGUCAGGCAAGAGUUCAACUAUGGAACUUGUCGAAAAAGCGAGUAAAGUUGGGGAAUUUAGGAGGAAAUUGAAGAUUGCUGAUAUAAAAGUAGGGCCUGAUGAAGGAUUAGACCGGGUUGGCCAAAAGCUGGUUGUUCUUGGUUGGGUCAGGACUCUCCGGGUUCAAAGCAGCGUCACAUUCUUGGAGGUUAAUGAUGGUUCAUGCCUUUCAAACAUGCAAUGUGUGAUGAAUCCGGAUGCAGAAGGUUAUGAUCAGGUAGAAUCUGGAAUAGUCACAACUGGUGCUUCAAUAAGGGUGGAAGGUGUUGUGGUAACAAGUCAGGGAUCAAAACAGAAAGUGGAGCUAAAAGUUGACAAAAUUGCAGUGGUCGGCAAAAGUGAUUCUUCUUAUCCCAUCCAGAAGAAAAGAGUCAGCAGAGAAUUUCUGAGAACUAAAGCUCAUUUGCGUCCUAGAACGAACACAUUUGGGGCGGUUUCCAGAGUCAGGAAUGCCUUGGCAUAUGCCACGCACAAGUUCUUUCAAGAAAAUGGAUUUGUUUGGGUCUCAAGUCCCAUCAUCACAGCUUCAGAUUGUGAAGGAGCGGGUGAACAGUUUUGUGUUACUACUUUGAUACCAAGCUCCAAUGAAGCUGCUGAUUCUCCUGUGGACACAAUUCCAAAAACAAAAGGACUAAUUGAUUGGUCACAAGAUUUUUUUGGGAAACCUGCAUUCUUGACUGUCUCGGGCCAACUGAAUGCCGAAACAUAUGCUACUGCCCUUUCAGAUGUGUAUACAUUUGGUCCUACAUUUCGAGCAGAAAAUUCUAAUACUUCAAGGCACUUAGCUGAAUUUUGGAUGAUUGAACCAGAACUUGCAUUUGCUGAUCUGAAUGACGAUAUGGCCUGUGCAACUGCCUAUCUCCAGUAUGUAGUGAGAUAUGUCAUUGACAAUUGCAAGGAAGACAUGGAUUUUUUCAAUACUUGGAUUGAUAAAGGAAUCAUUGGUCGUUUGAGUGAUGUGGCUGAAAAAGACUUUGUGCAGCUGACAUAUACAGAUGCUAUUGAUCUUCUUCUGAGAGCAAAUAAGAAGUUUGAGUUUCCAGUGAAGUGGGGAUGUGAUUUGCAGAGUGAGCAUGAACGAUAUAUAACUGAAGAGGCAUUUGGUGGAUGUCCAGUUAUCAUUAGAGACUAUCCGAAGGAGAUCAAGGCAUUUUAUAUGCGCGAAAAUAAUGAUGGAAAGACUGUUGCUGCAAUGGAUAUGCUAGUUCCUCGGGUUGGUGAACUUAUUGGUGGAAGCCAAAGAGAGGAAAGGAUGGAGUAUUUAGAAGGCCGACUUGAUGAGUUGAAGCUGAACAAGGAGAGCUACUGGUGGUAUCUUGAUCUACGCCGUUAUGGUUCAGUUCCUCAUGCGGGCUUCGGGCUUGGCUUUGAGAGGCUUGUGCAAUUUGCAACUGGAAUGGAGAACAUACGAGAUGCAAUUCCUUUCCCUCGGACACCUGGUUCAGCUGAGUUCUAAUGCAAAACUUCCCUUGAAAAUUUUGGUGUUUAAUCAUUUCCUCAAGCUUCUUUUAAAAAAACUCUAUUAUGUGUAGAGUUUCAGUAUUUCAUUUAUAAACGAAAUUUUGAUUUAUGAUGUUAAAAAUUUUUAAAUAAAUUAAAGUAGACAAUAAAAUAUUAGAAAAAGUUUACAAUGAAAAAAUUAGAUAUAUGAAAUUUUAGAUUUUAAACUUAUAUAAUAUAUUAUAUGAACAACAUGUAAACAUUAACGAACUUAUGGAUAAAUGGUUCAGAGCUUUGUGGAGUA